GCUGAAUGGUCAUGGUAAAGAGUGGAAAUAGUAAUUAAGAAAUCCAAAAAGAAAAACAUAAAAAAAGUUUAAAAAGGAAAAAUAUAUGAGAGAGUAAAGGCCAAAAGAGUAAGGCUGAGAAGUAGCAGUGAGUGCUGCUUCCACUGCUUUAUAUGAUAUGGUGUUGUUGUAGAAGUGAAGACUGGGAUUGAAAAAAAAGAAGGGUGUUAUUUGAUUCAGUUUUGAAGGGAGGAAGAAGAAGAAGAAGAAGAAGAAGAAGAAGAAAUGGAUUACAACUAUGAUCAGGAGCCAUGGAAUUGGCAUGGAGAUCAAAAGAACAACGAUUUUGGUGCCUCCGAAGGUGCAUGGACUCAAGUGACCUUGAACGAGGAAGACCUUUCCUACAUGUUUGUUGAAGCAACCCCUGUUAAGGAAUGUGGGGAUCUGUCAUACCAUGUUACUCAAAAUGAUGAUAUAAGUAAGGAAUCAGAGGAAAAGAGGGAGACUGCUUCACAAGUUAAAAGGCGUAGAAUGCUUCAAUUUGACACUCAUGCGGUAGAUUCUUCCCUUAUCUGUGAAGAGAUGCCAUCCGCAUUCCUAAAAUCAAGGGAGAGGGAUGAUAUGAUUGAAGAGAUCUUGCCCGAUGCAUCUGAGUGGGUUGCUGGUUUAUCAGAAGAUGCAUCAGCCUCCAGUUAUGAUGGCCUAGAUCAGUCAUGUGAAGGAUGGCUUGCUGAAUACUUUAAUGACCCGGAGCUGCUUCUUAGCUCUGAUGAUAUGAAUCUGACUGGGGCAUCCAAUGUUCAAAUUGAUACUUCAGAGUUGUGCAAUGCCCAACCUGAGUCUGGGGCUGAUGCUGUUCAAAAGCAGGCAACUCGAACGCUUGGAAAUGUUGUUCUCAAAGGUAGGAAGUCUUUCAUCCGAAUGCCCCCUAAGGUAGCAUCAUCUGUUGCCUACCCAUUUGCUUUCAUUAAACCCUGUGGUUUCCAUGGAGAUGUCACCCUAAAGGAUAUAAAUCAGCGAAUCCGAACUCCGCCACCAUCAAAAUCGAAACAAAGCAAUGAAGAUCUUGCUGAUGCUUUCCCUACUUCUGCUUUUUCUGGGAAGCCUGUUGUCGGCAAAACUAAAAUUCGUACUGAAGGAGGAAAAGGCACCAUCACAAUUAUGAGAACGAAAGGCUGAGUAGAUAAGUGUUCUUCUAAACUUAUUUUUAACUUUUUUUCUCCUUUUUAGCGCCCUUUGCUCUCCCCCGUGGUUAAAAUCUGGUGGUUGAGUAACUCUGUAUUUUUUUGUUGGACGCUUGGAAUUCAUAAUACACAUCGAAGUGUUUUAUGUUUCCAAAUAGUAUUCUGAGGGUCUAAUAUUUGUCUAAUACAUGCUUUAUUUUUAAGGCUAUAAAUGACAUGAUAUUUGAGAUC